AUGAGUGUAAUUGUUUUGUUCGUUUUCAGCCAUCCCAUGUCUGCACCGUUGUCUACUUCGCGUGGUUUUUUAUGUGAGCAAUGCGGAGCGCGACACUGUUCUUUACCAGCUGAGUGUCGCAUCUGCCGGCUCACACUUGUCUCUGCUCCUCAGCUCGCUCGAGCAUUUCGACAUCUUCUGCCUCUUCCUGCCUUCGUCCCCACGAAUGUAUCGGAAGGGGACUGUAUGGCUUGUGAGCGCCCCUUAGCUGGAGAGGGUUUUGCAUGCAAGUCAUGCAGCGCCAUAUUUUGCCUUGAAUGCGAUAUACUUCUUCACGAAAGCCUUCAUGUCUGCCCGAACUGUGGUUGA